AUGGCAGACCCCGAGCUAGCAACAUCGCACACCAAGCGCAUCUCUUACGCCGAAUACGACUACAUGUACCCCUCGACGUCCGACCCCGUCACCAACCCCAACAACAACAACUCCACCACCACCACCACCACCCCAACAGUCCUCAACUUCCACAUCCGCCGCAGCGAAAUCAAAGAAUUCACCAUCAUCCCUCUCGACAAUCUCUCCACAGCCCGAAGCAUCAUCGCCUCAAAAUUAGACUCACUAUCCACUUCGCCGACGCGAGUCGUACUGCUCAACGACGAAGCGAGAGUGGAUAUGCCCGAGGUGUCACUUGACGAAUUGGAGAAAUUGGUAAGGGAGGAGACGGUGUUGGGGAGUGGGAGGGCAAGACAGUUGUUUGUGAUUGUUUAUGAUUGUGAUCCUACUAUUUCCUCUACUGGUGGUGGUGGGCAUGGAGGAGAGAGGGUGGGGGUGGGUAAUUCUUCUUCUGGGUGUUGUGAGGGAGGAGGUAAAAUUCCAUAUCAGGGGAGGAGGCGAGAGGUGCGGUUGAAGGAUUGUUGUGCGGUGUUGUGA